AUGGCGAUCGAAGUCGUCGACUUGACCGAGGCCGAUAUCCCCGGCGCCAUCCAUGUGAUUCAGCAAGCCUUCGCCGACGACCCGUAUCACAAAUGGGUCUUCGACGCCUCUACACACGCCCAGUUCAAUAAGCAAAGAAACUAUGCCUCACUUUCCGCCCGAUGCCACUGGGGUAUCAGGAACGCGCUGUUCCAAGUAGCAAAGGAAACCGCCAUCCCUGACUCUCUAGUCCUAGGCGUCUCCUGUUGGCUUGCCCCUCGGGCAGCUUCUCAGCCGGAAAGCUGGUACUCCUGGAUCCAGUCGUGGUAUCUCUCACUCAGCCAGCUCUAUAACAAUAUUCGAUACAUAGGCCAUGGUGGCCUGCGCACAAAUCGAUAUUGGAUCUGGAAAAAGAACCAGCAGGAUGCACAAGCGCAGAUUUGGGAUGAUCCGCGCGGGUAUUACUUUUGUAAUAUGGUUGCUGUCAGUCCUGAGGCGCAAGGCAAGGGGAUCGGUGGUUUACUCUUUAGGAAGGUCCUGAAGAUGGCGGAUGAGGAGGGGAUCAAAUGUUAUCUGGAGAGCUCGAAGAAUGUGCCGAAUGUGCAGAUUUAUGAGCGUAUGGGUUUUAAGAUGAGCAGGGAGAUGGAGUGUCGCGAUGGGGAUGAUGUUUGCAUGGUAAUCUUUCAGUCUUUCCUCGGUAUCGCUUGUGCUAAUAUUCAUCUUCAGCUAUAUUGCAUGGUGCGAAAUCCCAGGACGGAGUAA